AUGAAUCGCCCAGGUAACCGCUGGAACCCACAGGAGUCUGUGCAGAUGUUCACUUCGCGUCCAGGUCAGCCACCUCAAAGACCACCGAGCCUUGGUCCCAGCCCCGCCCUCGGCGGUCCCUUCCGUGGCCCAUACCCCGCCUACGGAAUGCCACCAAGAAAUGUCAUGCCAGGAUAUCCUGCCCUUCCAAAUCACCGCUCAACCCAGAAUGUUGUCCCCCAGCCGUCGCCCAAUUAUCUCCAGCAACGAGCCCAGAGCACUUUUCCUUUCACUGCUGGGGCUUUGCAACAACAGCAGUCUCAACAGCCGCAGACCCAGCACACCGCUCAAUCACCAUUGUCGCAUACACCGCAUCCACAGACCCAGUCGAGCGCGACCCCGACGCUUCCUCUCCAUCUCUCGCAGGCGGCCACCCCGAGCAUAGGGACAGCUCCAUCAGUAUCAUCGGCGAGUGAUGUAGGUCUGGAUCCUAAUGACUUUCCCGCACUAGGCUCAGCGCCAGCGAACAACUCGAAUACGCCCUCGAGCAACAACACGACCAGUUACGCAAGCCAGGCAGGAACGGGCGUCCAGAUGAGCGCAGGCGCGGGAGGGGUACAACCAACGGGAGCGGCGGGAGGAAAUCAACCACGAGACUUCACGCCAGAUGACUUCCCGGCGCUGGGUGGCCAGAACCAGUCGUCGCACCAGCAACAACCAUCACAGCAACAAGCACAACAGCAGGGCUCGGAAAGCCAUCCACCAGGCUUGAAUGGGUUCCAGCAGCACGGAGAUCAACAGCACCGACAGACUUUAUUGGGGUCAUUGACAGGAGGAACACAAACACCGUCUAUGGGGAGCGGCCAACAGCAGCAACAGCCAGGGCUGCUGAAUAUCGGACAGGCGAGGAAUGUGCACCCAGGAUUCCAGUCCGACGCUGAGAAACAAAGGAACUACGCCCUAAAGCUGAACCAGGGCAACCAUUCUACUGCUGCGCCGGCUGCUUGGAGCUCUCCUAACGCAAAUCCUAGUGCCCAGCAGGCAAGCUCCUUUCCCUCUACUGUUACUAAUGGGGCGCGUCAAAAUCACACGUCUCAGCAACAGCAGCAUUUAGCCGCGCCUCCGGGAGUCCCACCACCAUCUCAACAGCAAUCCCAAACACACGGGGCGGUGGCUUUGCCUGCAAUCCAGCAAACGCCAUAUGUUGGCAAUGGGACGGCGGCGGGUGACACCGCGCAUCAUCCCUCUCAAGGACCUGUCCACGCUACGAGCGCGGUACCGCAAACACCAGCGCAGCAAGUACUUAUGUCUCCAGCGGAUCGGUGGGGAUUGCUUGGUUUGCUAGCGCUGAUCAAGAAUGCGGACCCGGAUCAAACGCUGCUCUCAAUUGGCACUGAUUUGGGCACGAUGGGUUUAGACAUGCAGACACAAGGGAGCCUAUAUUCGGCAUUUAUUACACCCUGGGCAGACUCUUCAGCUGCGCGCACGGUGGAGCCGGACUUCCACCUACCCGCGUGUUACAAUGUGCAGCCGCCACCGCCGGGAUCCAGCAAGGCCGCGGCGUUCAGUGAUGAGACUUUGUUCUUCAUGUUCUACUCAUCUCCCCGCGAUGCCCUGCAGGAGAUUGCGGCGCAAGAAUUGUGGAACCGCAACUGGCGGUACCACAAAGAGUCGCGGAUAUGGCUCACUAAGGAGACGGGAACAACAGCGUCACAAAAGGUGCCUGGAGGCGAGCAUGGGACAUACUCGUGCUGGGAUCCUGACAAUUGGGAGAAAACAAGAAGAGAAAUGACGGUAUUGUACGCCGACCUGGAAGAGAAGGCGCCCCUCCCCGCGUACGCACCGACACAACCAAUUGCGACAAGUCAGCUGCAGACAGCGGCCCCAACGCAGCGAGUCGGCGCUCUGCAGGGGAUGGGUAUGGCUGCUAUGUAA